AUGGACGAGGACGAGGAGAGUCCCGUCCCGUCCAGUCCCACGCCCCCCGUAUAUCCUCUCCGCCACCUCGAAAACGAGCAAGAGCACAUCCACUCCGAGCUCAAGUUGUCCGACUUUGAGCUCAAGGGCACCCUAGGCACCGGCACCUUCGGACGCGUCCUCCUCGUCCGCUCCCGCCCCACCAAUGCCCGCCGCUCCAACUUCUUCGCCAUGAAGGUCCUGCGCAAGACGGAGGUCAUCCGCCUGCGCCAGGUCGAGCACGUCAAGGCAGAACGCCACAUCCUCUCCCGCGUCCGCCACCCCUUCAUCGUCGACCUCUACGCCACCUUCCAGGACAACCUCAACCUCUACAUGCUGCUCUCCUUCGUCCCCGGCGGCGAGCUCUUCACCCACCUCCGCCGCACGGGCCGCUUCACCCCGGACGUCACCCGCUUCUACCUCGCCACCAUCGUCCUCGCCCUCCGCUACCUCCACUCCUUCAACAUCAUCUACCGCGACCUCAAGCCCGAGAACCUCCUCCUCGACGCCCGCGGCUACCUCCGCCUCACCGACUUUGGCUUCGCCAAGAUCGUCGACGAUCGCACCUGGACCCUCUGCGGCACCCCCGAGUACCUCGCCCCGGAGAUCAUCCAGUCCGACGGCCACGGCAAGCCCGCAGACUGGUGGGCCUGCGGCAUCCUCGCCUACGAGAUGAUGGUCGGCUACCCGCCCUUCUUCGACGAGAACGCGUACGGCAUCUACGAGAAGAUCCUGCGCGGCAAGGUCCACUGGCCGCGCGACAUGGACACCCUCUCGCGCGACCUCGUCAGGGGCUUCCUGCACCCCGACAGGAGCAAGCGCCUCGGGAACCUCAUCAACGGCCCCCAGGACGUGCUGCACCACGCCUGGUUCCGCGGCGUCGACUGGGACGCGCUCGAGCGCCGCGAAAUCCGGGCUCCCAUCGUUCCGCACAUGACCGCCGUCGACGACACGCGCUACUUCACCCGCCUCCCUCUCCCGCCCGCACACGAGGUGCCCGGCCUGCUCAGCGCGGAGACGCCCCCGCACGCGCACCAGGGCUUCGACGUCGUCGGCUUCCAGUUCACCGAGUUCUGA